UUAUGUUGUGAAUGUCAGUUGAAUUAUAAUCUUAGUUUUUAGGUUAUGUGGUUUUAUAAUGAAUAUUUUACCAGCUUAAUCAUUUAUUUACAUAUGAUAUUGGUUCAGGAAUAAAAAAGCAUCAAUAUGAUUUUAAUUCGACGGGCCCAGUAUUUAUCAAGACUCUUAAACAAGGCUAAUGCAAGUAAUUAUUGUCGAUGUUAUUCUGAUACAAAUCGCAAAUCUUCAAUCACAGAAAAAAUUAAACAGGGACCAGGUUUAAAGGAUUUUAUAAUUGAAAGCUCUGAGCCAGUUCUCAUAGAUCGUCCUCAUAUACCUUACUUGCUGGAAAAUGAUAAAAUAAAGACAAAGCGAAAAGUUUUCUUUGAUGUGUACGGUUGCCAAAUGAAUCUCAAUGAUACUGAUAUAGUUUGGUCUAUCUUGAAGAAAGAAGGUUUUGAGAAGACGACAGUCGAAGAAGAAGCUGAUAUAUUCCUGGUGAUGACGUGUGCUAUUCGAGAAGGUGCUGAAACUAAGAUUUGGCACCGUUUGGAUCAUCUGAGAGGCUACAAAAGGCGUGCCAAAGAUCGUUCUGUGAAAAUCGGUAUUCUCGGAUGUAUGGCAGAGAGAUUGAAAGAGAAACUUAUUGAAAAAGAAAAGGCUGUUGAUGUUGUGGCAGGUCCAGACAGCUACCGAGACCUGCCGCGUCUGCUGGCGCUGACAGAAAAUGGGCAGACAGCCGUCAAUGUGCUGCUUUCACUGGACGAGACGUAUGCUGAUGUGGUGCCUGUCAGGUUGAAUGAAGGCAGUGUGUCCGCUUUCAUCUCCAUAAUGCGCGGCUGUGACAACAUGUGCACAUACUGCAUAGUGCCGUUCACUCGCGGCAGAGAGCGUUCCCGUCCGGUUUCAUCCAUCGUGGACGAGGUGCGCCACUUGGCCGACCAGGGCGUGAAGGAAGUCACGCUGUUGGGACAGAAUGUCAACAGUUACAGAGAUGUCUCACAAGCUACUGAGAAGUUUGAUACUCAUAUGGCUAAAGGAUUCAAAACAGUGUAUAAAACUAAGAAAGGUGGAAUGAGGUUUGCUGAUCUCCUUGACAAGGUUUCUGCUGUGGAUCCUGAGAUGAGGAUCCGGUUCACUGCUGCUCAUCCUAAAGAUUUUCCUGAAGAAGUCCUACAAAUAAUAUCAGACCGCCCCAACAUCUGCAAGCUGCUCCACCUGCCGGCGCAGUCGGGCAGCAGCGCCGUGCUACAGCGCAUGCGCCGCGGCUACACGCGGGAGGCGUACUUGCAACUCGUGGACGAUGUCAAGAGGACUAUACCGGGAGUGGGUUUGUCAACUGACAUGAUCUGCGGCUUCUGCGGGGAGACGGAGGAAGAGUUUCAGGAGACGCUCUCACUCAUGGAGAUUGUGGACUACAAUAUCGCUUUCCUAUUCCCUUAUAGUAUGAGAGAGAAAACCACAGCCUACCGCCGUUACAAAGACGACGUACCAGAACAAAUUAAAAAGGUACGUCACCACCGUAUGCUAGAAAUAUAUAGAAGAAAAUGCCAAAUACUAAACGAGGCAGAAAUUGGCAACACUCACCUAGUCUUAGUAGAAGGGACGGCGAAGAAGUCUGGCAACAUUUUGGGAAGAAAUGAGUUGUAUUUAAGGGUGGUUUUUGAGCAAGCGGAUAUUUUGGCUGAAGAUGGUGGUAAAAGGCGAGUGAAACCGGGAGAUUAUGUAGCUGUGAAGAUUGUGGGAGCGAAGUCAGCGACACUGUAUGGGGUACCAUUGUAUCAUACUAGUUUGUGUGAUUUCUAUAGGGAAAAUCAAUGGGGGGUGAGGCAAGCUGUUAAUUAA